AUGGCUGACGAUGGCAUGCUUAUGAACUUUAGCAUUGCUGACACUGUCAUUAAGCCCGAGGCAAAGUUCAAAGGUGGAACAUGGCGAGACCGAUUGGUAGCCAAGAAGCGUUUGGCGCAUCGAGGCUCGGAGAAAGACCCCAAAGACGCAGCUGCACGCAACGCAGCUUCCAAAAACCCAAACCAAAUCCAAAUCGGCCCGCGGCCUGCUAAGCGCCAAAGGACCGAGGAGUCUUCUCAUCGCUCCGGCGGCGAUCGACGCCCACACCAGACCCCGCGAGACCCCCGUCACUUCGUUUCCUCGCUUUUCACUAGCAACCCCGAACCGCGCAAUGCCGAAGAACCCAAGGCCGAGGGAGAGCAAGAAGAUGCAAAGCCGACCAACGCUCCGCUGAUCGACGGCCUGGACACUUUCACGAAUCUGGGAUUAUCGGCCAAUCUCGCGGCGCAUCUGCUCACAAAGCUUGAGCUCAAGGCGCCGACGGCGAUUCAAAAAAGCUCUAUUGGGCAGUUGUUGAAGGAGGAAAGUGAUGCGUUCAUCCAGGCCGAGACAGGUUCCGGUAAGACGCUGGCUUAUCUCCUUCCGCUCGUGCAACGAAUUAUGGAUCUCUCGAAAGCCACAAAAGAACAUAAUGACAACCAAGUCCACCGGGACAGUGGGUUGUUUGCCAUUGUACUGGCGCCUACUCGCGAACUGUGCAAGCAGAUCUCCGUCGUGCUGGAGAACAUUCUCCGUUGCGCGAACUGGCUGGUCUGUGGUACGGUAAUUGGUGGAGAGAAGAAGAAAUCGGAAAAGGCUCGUUUAAGGAAAGGAUUGAACAUCCUUGUUGCGACACCCGGUCGUUUGGCUGACCAUCUCGACAACACGGAAGCUUUGGACGUCAGCAAUGUGCGUUGGUUGGUGCUGGAUGAGGGUGAUCGCUUAAUGGAUAUGGGUUUCGAGGAGGAAUUACAGGGAAUUGUUAAGAAACUCGACGCCAGACAAAGACCGAGUCGUGUUCCCGGUGUGCCUACGCGCAGAACUACGAUCUUGUGUUCGGCGACAUUGAAGAUGAAUGUGCAGAAAUUGGGAGAAAUCAGUUUGAAGGAUGCGGUACACAUCAAGGCGGAUCCGGCGGACGAAGAUGAGAAUGCGCCAAAGAAGGAUCAGGAGGACUCAUUCCGCGUCCCGGCACAGUUGAAGCAGUCGUACGCGAUUGUUGCACCGAAGCUACGUCUCGUUUCAUUAACAGCCUACUUGAAGAGGACAUUUAUUCGAAAGGGAUCGGUAAUGAAGGCAAUUGUCUUUAUGUCUUGCGCCGAUUCCGUCGACUUCCACUUCGAGCUAUUUUCAAGGAACCAAGACCGAGAGCAACAAAAGAAGGACGAGGAGGAAGGAGACAAGGAAAAACCGGACGAAAAAGAGGAAUUGUCACCCCACGGCACCAUUGCUCCCGGUAGAGCCUUUUCCAAUCCAGGAAAUCCGGUCCUUUUACAUCGUUUACACGGCUCCCUCCCCCAGAAUGUUCGAACCGCCACACUUGGUUCCUUCUCUCGCAGCACGGAGGCCUGCGUCAUGAUCUGUACCGAUGUGGCCGCACGUGGUCUUGAUCUCCCCAAUGUGGACUUGGUCGUUGAGUACGAUCCAGCCUUCAGUUCGGAUGACCACACUCACCGCAUUGGUCGUACAGCUCGUGUCGGACGAGACGGUCGCGCCCUAAUCUUCCUCCAGCCCGGCUGCGAAGAAAACUAUGUCGAGAUUCUCAAGCGCGGCUACCGUGAUGGAGGCAAAGCUCUCACCCGGACUGAUGCCAAUGAGAUUCUCAAGCGCGGCUUCGGAAGCAACGACUCCAGAAAGAAGAACUGGGAGGAGAAGACUACCGAUUGGCAGAUGGAUGUAGAGCGUUGGGCUCUGGAGAACCCUGAAUACCUGGAGAUGGCCCGUCGGGCUUACCAAUCUCAUGUUCGCGCAUACGCGACGCACGUUGCUGCUGAGCGGAGCAUGUUUAACAUCAAAGAGCUCCACUUGGGUCACCUUGCAAAGAGCUUCGCCCUGCGUGACCGACCAGGCAAAAUCAACGUCCCUGGUCUACGUCCUGGGCAGGAAGACACCAAGAAGGACUUCAAGGCGGCGCGCAACGGUGCCGCAGGUACCAAGAGGAAGGCUGGCGCUGAGGACAAGGCUCCAGGCACGACGGAUCUGGAUGAUGCUGCUCGCAAGAUGAGAGCCAAGAUGAGAGAGAACAUGGCUGGAGCCAGCGAGUUCAACUUGGCUUGA